AUGAGUAGGCGAGAAUCAAACGAUAGUUUUACUGAAUCACACAGCACAAGCUCUCACAAAAGCUACAACAUAGAAGAAUGGAAACAAAUAGACACCUGGCUACGACAUCUCUAUCCUCAUCGCAUACCUCUAUUCGAUCGUACUCCCGAGACAUUCAACGCACUUUUAAAAUUGCAAAAACAAAACGAAUCUGCAGACAACAUUGUUCAUGUCUUGUUGAAUGCACAACGAGAAAUUCAAAAAGAUAAUAGAAUAAGAUUUCAAAAUGAACGACAAAUCUUGAAUGAUUUGGAGUUGUUUAUUAACAAGACAUCACUUUCUCGCAGUUACUCUGCCUUGACAACACUUUCUUCACUGGCAACAAUAUUGGGUGUAGAUAAAUGUCAUCUAAGCAGUUUUCAAACUGCCUUUGCAAAUCUCACAAUUGAAUCAAUGGAAUCAGAAAUCGAAGAACAGCUGUUAGAAGAAUCAGAAUAUGCUCUCAGAGAACGUAUAGCAAAACUAAAGACUAAAAAAGAGCAUUUACAAAAUACUCUGGAGUUUAUGCGUGAAGCAAAACAAGAAACCGAAGAUGAAUUAAAAGAAACCUGGAAAAGUACCAACAUGGAGAAAAAGAAGGAGAUUAAACAGCAGCUGGAUCUACUCAAACAAAAACAAAAAGAGUAUGAUGAUACAAAGGUAGAGCAGCAUGGAUUACGACUGAAUGCCAUGAAAAGACUGGUUCAUGACACAAGCGUUAUUCGAUCCGAGCUGGCGGAUAGACAAGAAUAUCUGGAAAGAUAUAAGGAUCUUCCACCUGAUAUGGUGAUGGCUUCAUUCAAAACCCAGGAAGCAGAGGAGCGAUUGUAUGAAUUGAGACAGGAACGAGAACGCCUCUUGGCUGAUAUUGCAGACAGUGUUCAAUAA